AUGUACGAGAUGAAGAAAGGGGUGAGUACCGACAUCGAAAUGGCAGCAAAUUAUGAGGGAAGCAAAUCUUCCUCGUCUUCCGGGGUUCUGCCGUUAUCUCUUCACCCGAAUCUCGGACUGCAAUCACAAUCAGAGGAUCGCAUCGACAGCUCUCGGUUUGGGGCUGUUCUAAUUGGUAUCGACGGAUAUCUGUAUCAUCCUCUACACGGUUGCCUGUCCGACGCGAAACUGAUGGGGAAGUAUAUCGUUGAGGAUCUCGGCGUCUCCAAAAAUCGAAUCCAACUUUUUCUCGGUGCCUCAGGCGGGGAAGUCAACCUCGACCUUGACGCUCUAGCUGAAAUCGGCCCUGAAUCAAGAUGA